AUGGGGAACGAGGAUCAACCCACGGAGGACAAGAACCAACCCAUGGAGGAUGAAGUAUCACCAAAGGAGGUCAACUGCAUUACAGGGAAAGAAGAAGAGAGAAGUAUUAACUUACUGGUACAUCAGAAGAUACAGAUGUUAAUAAAUAUGUUAGUUUUAUAAGAGGUAAAACAGUACGGGGAGAGGAUGUGGUGUGGAAAUAAAAAGAAAAGGUAUGAGAGCUCGGACUCAGAAGAAUCGGAACACCCAGGAAAGAGAAGACAUCUAGAAGAGAUAGACAUCUACGGAAGAAGUCACACAAACCGAUCACGGAGUGGUUCAGCUCGAACCUGA